CUUUUCUGCCUCACCUUUCAUCUCGCUCCCAGCGCCCACCACCGGCCACCGCCACCGCCACACUUUCAUUCUCCCCGCCGCCCGCCUCCCUCCACCCGACACCGCCUCCACACCACCAGCCGACCACCAUCUCACUUGAAUCACGGUCGAAAAUAAGGGACGCGUCGGACCCUAAAUCGAAGCCAUCACACCGGCCCUCAUCUCCCGCCGUCAGCAAGCAAAAGACGGAGUUCAGUUGUUCAAUCGUAUUCUUUCUAAUUAAAAGAACCUGUUAGGAUCACGAUGGUGGGGGCAUCGUCAGGGACAACUUCGCUUAAAGAGUACCUUAAAAAAUACACAAGUAAUGAUGACAAGGAUAACAAGAAGAAGAAAAAAAAGAAGGCUAAACCUGAUGCUGCUGGAGUUCUUCUAGUGGAUGAAGAUCCCGUUUGGCAAAAGCCUGUCAAAGUUUAUGAAGAAGAAGAUUCAGCAGAUGAAGAGAAGCCUCAAGUUGAUGAAGAUAUUGAAGUCAAGCGUAUGAGAAGGCUGGAGCUAAUCAGGUCUAAACGCCCUUUUGGUGCCAUUUCCGAGGAUGGAAGUGGAUGGGUAUCUCUGUCAAACGACCCUAAUAAUAGCAAGUCCGAAGACCAGAAUUCUGAUAUUUCUCCACCUCGUAAAAGGAGGCUUCGUAAUGACACUCCAUCACCAGAACCUGGACAACGGUCCGACAUUCCAGCGGGUGCUGAUUUGUCUCCAGUUCGGCAGUCGUACAAAUCCAAAACAAAAACAAAAACUUCACGUGAGCCAUAUUUGGAAGCCUCGGAGUCUGAUAGGCCCAGUGAUUUGUCCCCACCUCGAAGGCAGCAAAGAGAUAAGCACGCAUCAUCCCCUGAACGUGGAAGAGUACCUUCACAUUCAAAGGUCACCGAUUCGGAUAUUUCUCCUCCUCGACGUGGUAGUCGGGACUCUAGAUAUCAAAAUGACUCGCGCGCUCCUUCGACAGCAGAUCUUUCGCCGCCUCGGAAGUUCAAGAAUGACAGAUCUGGUUCUGUUGUCUCUGCACCUUCAGUUUCCGAUCUUUCUCCUCCAAGGAAGAGCCGGAAAGAAUCACCAAUGAUUUCACGUCACCCGAGAACUGGUUUAGUUUCUGGUACAGAUGUCAAAGAUGAAAUUGAUAGAAAGAAAAAGGAAGAGUGGUUGAGGUUUAAAGAGAUGGAUUCUACAGUAAGUGGCCGGAAUGCUGAACCUACAUACCGCGACAAAAAAACUGGGGAACGCAUGUCAAAGGAGGAAUUUUUUAAGUUUCAGAAGAAAGAUCGGAAGAAAGAAGAUAAACCUAAGGAGAUAAAGCUGGAAUGGGGCAAAGGGUUGGCUCAGAAACGCGAAGCUGAAGCUAGAUUUCAAGAAAUAGAAGAAGAGAAGAACAAACCGUUUGCCCGGGGCAGGGAUGAUGCUGAUCUCGAUUCUAUGCUGAAGGAAAAAGUCCGAUGGGGUGAUCCCAUGGCACACUUAGUCAAGAAAAAGAAUCUGGAGCAACUUCUUCCAGACUUAGGUGAUAAUGAGAAGAUGAAAGAAUCAGGCUUCAUAAUCCCGCAAGAUAUUCCAAGUCAUAGCUGGAUAAAAAGAGGACUCGAAGCUGCACCAAACCGCUAUGGGAUCAGACCAGGAAGACACUGGGAUGGUGUCGAUCGCAGUACUGGAUAUGAGAAGGAUUUGUUUAAGAGAACGAAUGAGAAGGCAGCAACAGACAAAGAAGCAUAUCUGUGGUCCGUUUCUGACAUGUGAAGUCGAGCUGAAGCCUUGUUCACGAAGAAACCUAAUUUGUUAAAAACAUCUAAUUGUAAUAUUCGCGGGGGAAAAGGAAUAGCUGCCGAUUUUUUCGCCCUCAUGGUCUCAGUAUAGUAUCAUAUGAAGGCUGUGCUUCUAGAUUGAGUUUCCUUAAGAGUAUUGUACCUUUUGUGUAUUUAACAUCUUGAGCUUUCUACAGGCAUGUGUUUCCAUUAGUAUUUAAGACAUUAGCCUCGGCGGUUGGAGUUUUAACACGUUUUCCGACCAGCUUUAAGAAUCUACCUUUAUACAGAGCAUUAUUAUGAAUUCAUGGAAAUUUGUGGAUGGCG